GGGUUUAGAACAAAGACUUUUCUUUCUUUCUAUCUUCUGUUUUGGUUUUUAAAAGUCUUGUCUUUUCCUUUUGGUUACGAAUUAUGGCUGCUGUUUAUGAUAUGCUUUUUCUACAUUUGAUAAUUUAAGCUUGUGUUUGUCGCCAGCCAUUAGGACUCUUCCUGAUUUCUUGUAAACUCCGUCUUCUUCUCUCUUACAUUGCCUUUGACUUCGUAAAAUUCUCCUCUUCUUCCCCUUAAACACGUAGCUUCAUCAACCGUUCCCUGUAAAGACUAUUUGCAGCUCUCUCUGUCUCUGUAGACAAUUCCUUUGUUUGUUUAUCUGUAUAUAUUUACAGUCUCUUCUUCUCUUGAUUGCUUUGGUUUACAUGCAACUAGAUGCUGACAGCCUGACAGUUUCUUCCUAAUAUAGGAGCUCGCACCAGAGGUUCAUUUUCUGUUUCUCUCUCGUUUUAGUUCCUGGGUUUACUUCGUUUUUUAAAUCCGGUCUUACUUGCUUCUACUCUUCUUGAAAGUUUAUUCUUUUAUUAUUUUUUUUCUAACUUUUAUUGGAAUAUUUGUCUGGGUAUUUCGCGGAUUGGCUGUGUAUUAGUUAUGUUGUUAAAGAGCUAUUUGAUCUCUAGAUCAUGGCCUCUGUUGAUCCCUUGACUAAGAACUCGUAAUAUCCAGCUAGAACUUGCCUACAAUUUACCUGUUUCCUUUGAUCUAUCAUUAAUUUAGUUUUGGUAAUCCCGGUUUGGUUUCCAAGAUGGAUUCCAAAAACCCAAUUGAGAGGUCCCCAAGUAUUGAAAUAUAUUCACAUUCUGCUUCCAGGAGAAGCAAUUCUUCCAAUUAUUCAAAGAAUUCUGGUGGAAGUUCAGUUAGGGAGGUUACAUUUAGUGAUUUAGGAUCUAAACCAGUGAAGUAUGGUUCCAGAAGAGCUGAUUCAGAAGGGUUGAGUGCGUCCUUGAAAGAGAUCAGCGAUGAAGACGCUAGGUUGGUAUACUUAAAUGAUCCUGAAAAGACGAAUGAGAGGUUUGAAUUUGCUGGAAAUUCUAUUCGGACUGGGAAAUAUUCACUCCUUUCCUUUUUGCCUAGGAAUUUGUUUGAGCAAUUUCAUAGAGUUGCUUAUAUUUAUUUCCUUGUUAUUGCUAUCCUCAAUCAGCUUCCCCAGCUCGCUGUUUUUGGCCGUGGAGUUUCCAUUUUGCCUCUUGCCUUUGUUCUAUUAGUGACGGCAGUUAAGGAUGCAUAUGAGGAUUGGAGGAGGCAUAGGUCUGAUAGAAUUGAGAAUAAUCGAUUGGCAUGGGUUUUGGUGAAUGACCAGUUUGAAGAAAAGAAAUGGAAACAUAUCAAGGUUGGUGAGAUAAUCAAGAUUAACACAAAUGAAACUCUUCCUUGUGAUAUGCUGCUGCUUUCAACUAGUGAUCCAACUGGUGUUGCAUAUGUACAGACAAUUAACUUGGAUGGAGAAUCAAACUUGAAAACCCGAUAUGCAAAGCAAGAGACCCUUUCAAAGAUUCCUGAGAAGGAAAAGAUCAGUGGGUUGAUUAAAUGUGAGAAACCCAACAGGAAUAUUUAUGGGUUUCAUGCGAACAUGGAAAUGGAUGGCAAAAGACUAUCACUUGGGCCCUCAAAUAUUAUUCUUCGUGGCUGUGAGCUCAAGAAUACUGCUUGGGCAAUUGGUGUUGCAGUAUACUGUGGCCGUGAGACCAAAGUUAUGCUUAAUAGCUCAGGAGCUCCUUCAAAGAGGAGCCGACUUGAGACACGCAUGAAUAAAGAAAUUAUUAUCCUUUCAAUUUUUCUUUUUGCUUUGUGUACUGUUGUCUCUGUUUGUGCUGCUGUUUGGUUGAAGCGUCACAAGGACGAGUUGAAUAUCAUGCCUUUCUAUAGGAAAAAGGAUUUCAAUGAUGAGGAAGAUGAUUAUGAAUAUUACGGGUGGGGAUUGGAGAUAUUUUUCACAUUCCUCAUGUCAGUUAUCGUGUUCCAGAUCAUGAUCCCUAUUUCUUUGUAUAUCUCCAUGGAACUUGUUCGGGUUGGCCAGGCUUACUUCAUGAUUCGAGAUACGCUAAUGUAUGAUGAGACCUCAAAUUCAAGAUUUCAAUGCCGGGCUUUAAAUAUAAAUGAAGAUUUAGGGCAAAUCAAAUAUGUAUUCUCAGACAAAACUGGCACCCUUACUGAGAACAAGAUGGAAUUUAAAUAUGCAAGCAUAUGGGGAGUAGAUUACAUUGGUGGAAAAGGCAGUUCACAAAAUGAGCAAGUUGGACACUCAGUUCAAGUGGAUGGGAAGAUUUUGAGGCCGAAGAUGAAGGUAACAGUUGAUCCUCAGCUUCUGCAUUUAGCAAGAAGUGGAAAAGAUACAGAGGAAGCCAAAUACGUUCUCGAUUUCUUCCUUGCAUUGGCAGCAUGUAAUACAAUUGUGCCUAUUGUUUUUGAUGAUGGAUCUGAUACUAAUGUAAAGUUGAUGGAUUACCAAGGUGAAUCUCCAGAUGAACAAGCAUUGGCUUAUGCUGCUGCCGCGUAUGGAUUUAUGCUUGUAGAACGAACUUCAGGUCAUAUAGUUAUUGAUGUUCAAGGAGAAAGGCAAAGGUUCAAUGUAUUAGGUUUGCAUGAAUUUGAUAGUGACCGGAAGAGGAUGUCUGUUAUAUUGGGCUGCCCUGACAAUACUGUAAAAGUCUUUGUAAAAGGUGCUGACACCACCAUGUUUAAUGUGAUAGAUAGAUCUUUGAACAGGAAUGUUAUUCGUGCAACUGAAGCCCAUCUUCACAGUUUCUCUUCUCUUGGUUUGAGAACACUUGUGAUUGGGAUGCGUGAAUUGAGUGAUUUAGAAUUUGAGCAGUGGCAUUCUUCCUUUGAGGCAGCUAGCACAGCUUUAAUUGGUCGAGCUGCUAUGCUACGCAAAGUAGCUAGCACUGUGGAGAAGAGUCUGACCAUCCUGGGUGCUUCUGCCAUUGAAGAUAAACUGCAACAAGGUGUCCCAGAAGCCAUAGAAUCUCUUAGGACAGCAGGGAUUAAAGUAUGGGUUUUAACUGGGGACAAGCAAGAAACUGCCAUAUCAAUUGGAUACUCUUCAAAGCUCCUGACAGGUAAAAUGACCCAGAUUAUAAUCAAUAGCAACUCAAAGGAGUCCUGUAGAAAGAGUUUACAAGAUGCCUUGCUCAUGUCUAAGAAGCUCAUCACUGUAUCUGGCACAACACACAACACUGGAGGUGCUGUAAGUCCAGUUGCCUUGAUUAUUGAUGGAACCAGCCUCGUUUAUAUACUUGACAGUGAACUUGAAGAAGAGCUCUUCCAAUUAGCCAGUAAUUGUUCAGUGGUACUGUGUUGCCGGGUGGCUCCAUUGCAGAAAGCUGGAAUUGUUGCCCUUGUGAAGAAUAGGACUGCUGACAUGACACUUUCUAUUGGCGAUGGUGCUAAUGAUGUUUCAAUGAUCCAAAUGGCUGAUGUGGGAGUUGGCAUCAGUGGGAAAGAGGGUCGGCAAGCUGUAAUGGCAUCAGAUUUUGCAAUGGGGCAAUUUAGGUUCUUAGUUCCACUUUUAUUGGUCCAUGGACAUUGGAAUUACCAGCGGAUGGGCUACAUGAUACUAUAUAAUUUUUACAGGAAUGCAGUUUUUGUUCUUGUUUUAUUUUGGUACACGCUUUUUACUGGUUUCACUUUGACAACUGCAAUUAAUGAGUGGAGCAGCGUGUUAUAUUCUAUAAUUUAUACUUCCCUGCCUACCAUCAUAGUUGGUAUUCUUGACAAGGACCUGAGUAGAAGGACUCUUUUAAAGUAUCCUCAGCUUUACGGAGGCGGGCACAGACAAGAAAGCUACAACUCUAAAUUGUUCUGGCUAACAAUGAUCGACACCUCGUGGCAAAGUGUGGUUAUCUUUUUUGUCCCUUUCUUAGCAUACUGGGCCAGUACUAUUGAUGCACCGAGUAUAGGAGAUCUUUGGACGCUUGCAGUUGUUAUUUUGGUUAAUUUGCACUUGGCUAUGGACAUAAUUCGGUGGACUUGGAUUACUCAUGCUGUCAUUUGGGGAUCUAUAGUUGCAACUUUCAUUUGUGUCCUCGUCAUUGAUGCUGUGCCUACUUUAGUUGGAUACUGGGCUUUCUUCGAAAUUGCAAAGACAGGAUUGUUCUGGUGUUGCUUGCUAGCUAUAAUUGUGGCAUCACUCCUUCCUCGGUUAAUUGUGAAAGUACUUUAUGAAUACUUUAGUCCUUGUGAUAUUCAGAUUAUGAGAGAAGCUGAGAAGUUUGGUAACAGACGGGAUAAUGGAGUUGUAGAAAUAGAAAUGAACCCAAUCGUGGACCCUUCACAGAGGUGAUAAUGGUAAUUUUGUUAUUUGGUGCAUUUUCUUUUCAAUUUUUCUUUUUGUAAAAAUAUCAUAUUCUUUAGGCUUCACAGUGUAUCCCUCUGGGUUGCCGGAUUUUUGUUGUUUACUAUCCAAAGGAUAGUGAUUAUAAUACAUAAGUUUGUAAUUUAGCUUUGUUGAGUGUAAAUUAGCAGUUUAGGGGUUUCAAAAGAAAUGGUUGCACAACUUAUUUUAUUUAUUUAUUUAUUUUUGAUAAAAUUGUUACACGAAUUUCGGCAUGAAAAGUUUGGAUAUGAAGUUUCUAGUUUCUUUA